AUGAAGCUUGCCGUGCUCACCUCCGGCGGCGACAGCGCCGGCAUGAACGCCGUCGUCCGCGCGGUCGUGAAGACGGCCAUCGCCAAAGGCUGCGAGGCGUGGGUCGUCCGCGAGGGCUACGAGGGCCUCGUCCGCGGGAACGCACACGAAACGCAGGAAGUCAAGGAUGCACGCGCAAGUAAGGACGAGGCCGGCUUCGUGCACAAUCUGCGCUUCGGCGAUGGCGAGCUGCUGAAGGACGGCACGGGCGACUUUAUCAGCGGCCGUACAAUGAGAGGCCGCUACAUUGUCCGCGUAGGAUGGGACGAUGUGCGGGGGUGGUUUGGAGAGGGCGGUACUUUGAUUGGUACUGCUCGUUCUGUGACAUUCCGCACUACGGAGGGCAGGCAGACUGCUGCUCAUAACAUGAUCAAAGAGGGCAUUGAUGCUCUUGUUGUCUGCGGCGGAGACGGUUCACUAACUGGUGCAGAUGUCUUCAGGUCGGAAUGGCCUAAGCACGUCGAAGCCUUGCGCUCACAAGAUAAGAUCACUGAGGAGCAAGCAAAGGCGCACCAGCAUCUGCGCAUCGUUGGUCUGGUUGGGUCGAUCGACAACGACAUGGCGAUGACGGACAUGACCAUUGGUGCGCCCACUGCGCUACACCGCAUUUGCGAAGCGAUAGACAACAUCAACUCGACCGCGUAUUCGCACUCGCGCGCGUUCGUGCUCGAGGUCAUGGGGCGGCACUGUGGCUGGCUCGCGCUCAUGGCAGGCGUCAGUUCCGGCGCAGACUUCAUCUUCAUCCCGGAGAACCCGCCCGAAGCGGACAACUGGGAGGACCGCAUGUGCAGCGCGAUCCAAAGCCACAGGGAGAUUGGCCAACGGAAGACCAUCGUGAUUGUUGCUGAGGGUGCGCUCGACAGUGCCCUCAAGCCGAUUUGCGCAGACCAUGUCAAGGAUGUCCUUGCCAAUCGCCUCGGGCUUGACACACGCGUCACGACUCUGGGGCACACCCAACGAGGUGGUGUUCCUUGUGCCUAUGACCGUAUCAUGCCGACGCUGCAAGGCAUUGAGGCUGUUGAAGCCCUCCUGGAGUCCACUCCAGAAACGCCAUCCUACAUGAUUGGCGUCCGGGAGAACAAGAUCCACCGCGUCCCGCUCAUGGAAGCUGUUGCGAAGACUCGCGAAGUAGCAACGGCAAUCGCGGCGAAAGACUUUGCCAGGGCUAUGUCACUCCGUGAUCCGGAGUUUGCGGAGGCCCUCGAGGGCUUCUACACGACUUCUGUGUUCGAGAAGGAGCCGAAGCUCCCUCAUCACCUGAGAAUGCGUGUCGGCAUUAUGCACGUCGGGGCACCCGCUGGUGGCAUGAAUGCCGCAACGCGCACCGCAGUCCGCUAUUGUCUCCGACAAGGACAUAAACCAUUCGCGAUCCACAACGGGUUCCUGGGUCUGCUCGACGACAACGUACACCAGCUCUCGUGGCUGGGCGUCGAUACCUGGAUGACGCGCGGCGGAUCCGAGCUGGGCACGAACCGCAAGCUGCCGGACAUCGACAUGGGCGCGGUCGCGGCGAAGUUCCAGCAGUACAACUUCCACGCGCUGCUGAUGAUCGGCGGGUUCGAGGCGUUCAACGCGCUGCUGCUCCUGGACAACGCGCGGCCGCACUACCCGGCGUUUCAGAUCCCGAUGGUGCACUUGCCUGCGACAAUCUCGAACAACGUGCCUGUAACGGAGUUCAGCCUGGGGAGCGACACAAGCCUCAACGCGCUGGUGAGCGCAUGCGAUGCGCUGAAGCAGAGCGCGUCUGCGAGUAGGAAUAGGGUCUUUGUCGUCGAGACGCAGGGCGGGAAGUGCGGGUACAUCGCGACGAUGGGCGCGCUGGCCACGGGCGCGGUCAUCGUCUACACGCCUGAGCGCGGCAUUGAUCUCGACAUGCUCCGCCGGGACGUCAAGUUCCUGAAGAGACGCUACAACCUGGAUCAAAAAGGCAAGGCAGAAGGUCGUUUGGUGCUUAGAAACGAGUGUUCGUCGGACGUCUACACCACGGACUUUAUCAAGAAGAUGUUCAGGGAGGAAGGCGGCUCGCUGUUCGACUCGCGUGCCGCCCAGCUCGGGCACACGCUACAAGGCGGCAUCCCGUCGCCUAUGGACCGAACGCGCGCCGUGCGCCUGUCGCUUAAGUCUAUGGCGUUCAUGGAGAAGCACCACCAGGAGCUAUUGAGGCAGAGUCCUCGCGCACGGCAGGCGUCCUACGAGUCUGCUGCGGUGAUCACGAUCCAGGGCAGCACGGUGAAGUGGGUGCCGGUGCAAGAGAUGGUGGCACACGCAGACAUGCAGAACAGGCGAGGCAAGGACGCACCUUGGGAGAAGUAUCAAGACCUUGUCGAGCAAUUGGUUGCACGCCCGCAGCUGUUGCAAAGGGACGUGCCCACUGUAUAGAAUUGGAGGUACCGUAGAGAAAGUGUUCUGGUGUAGCGAAGGUAAAACCGUGUAUCAUGUAGAACAUAGAGAAAUGUAGAGUGGCUACUGUGGGUAAACAACGCUCUCGCCGGUUCCAUGGAAUAACUGCCUGAGAGACACUGAAGUGUGACAGCAAGGAUCGAGCCUUCUUCCCUCCCUCGACGCUGUCUGCUGCAGGCCAUGAUAUGGCACGAUGUAUUCUUGCUUAUUGCCCACAUAGUAACCACGUCCGUUCCUCCUUGUUCUUUCCUCCCGCCAUCGUCAGCCAGGAUGUUUUCGUGUCCAACAGCAAGACCGUCGCCACAGAUAUGAGCACUGCGAAGAGUACAAGGUACGUUUCGAGGGCUC